AUGGGGGCUAAAGUUCUUAUCCUGGUCACCGUGGCCGUGGCCAUGCUCAGGAUGGUACUCGGCGCCAGUCACACGGUGGGCGCGCCGGCCGGAUCAUGGGAUCAACAGACCAACUACACCUUGUGGGCUUCGAGAACUAGGUUCAUCAUCGGCGAUGAGCUCCAGUUUCAGUACUCCACCACCGUGCACAAUGUUGUGGAGGUGAGAAAGGCUGGGUACGACGCCUGCAACAGCUCCAGCCCCAUUGCGACGUUCUUGACCGGCAACGAUGUCGUCCCACUUGCAGCCAUUGGGACGCGGUACUUCAUCUGCGGGGUCCCAGGGCAUUGUGGUGCCGGUAUGAAGGUUCAAGUCAACGUGAGGUUGAAGGCAGUGCGGACAGUACAACGGUGCCGAGGGACGGGGAAGCGGCUCCGGUGCCGGUUUGAGACUGUAUUAAGCUCAGCCACGACGGCUGGCAUUGAGGUGGCGCGGCUUGGUCUGGCUGUUGUCGCGACUAGUCUCAUGUUCCGCACCGUGGAUGCGCCGGAUGGGUCAUGGGACCUUCAGACCAACUACUCCCAGUGGGUUUCGAGAAUCAAGUUAACCACCGGCGAUGAGCUCAAGUUCCAGUACUCUGCCGCCGUUCACAGCGUGGUGGAGGUGAGCAAGACGGGAUAUGACUCCUGCAAUGGCUCCAGCCCCAUAGCGACUUUCCCGACCGGUAAUGAUGUUGUUCCGCUUGCCAAUGUUGGGACCCGGUAUUUCAUCUGCGGCGUCUCUGGGCACUGCGACGCCGGCAUGAAGGUCGAGGUCAACGUCAAGUCGAAAGAAGUGCGGCAGUACAACGGUGCCGACGGAUAGGGAACCGGCGUUGGUGCCAGUCUGAGAAAGUAUUAA